AUGCAGUGCCCGCCACGCGCCCUUUCACCGAAACCGUCCCCGCCUCGCCUCGCCGCCCUCCCUCGCCUCGCCACGUGCCCCUCGCCACUUUUCUCGCCUCGCCGCCAUCGCCUCACCAUGCCGUCGAGCCAUCGGAGAAGUUCGAGCUACCGCGGCGUCCGUGCGCGCCCCUUCGACACCUUCUACAUCGAGAUCCGAUCCGACGACAUGCGCCUUGGCCUCGGCACGUUCGACAUUGUCGACGAGGCCGCCUGUGCGUAUGACACGGCGGCUUGGCGCCUCAACAGGCCUCGUAGAGAGAUGAAUUUCCCCAAGGUGAUGACGCUGGAGUCGGCGCAGAACGUCGCGGCUCGUCCACGGGUUGUCACCGAAGAGGACCGUCGCCGGAACCAGAGGCGGGAGCGCCGCCUCAGCAUUGCUGAGAUGGACGAGCUUGUCAUGGCGGAGUGGCGCCGACAGUCCCCACAUGACGUCUUUGACGAGCGCGAAUUCUUCGUGCAAAGGAGGGUGGAAAGGGCGGAAAGGAGGAUGGAGCAAGGCGCCUAUCGUGAAGAUAGGCGUACGCGGAAGCAAGCCGCACUCUUCCAGAUGGAGCUGAAGGGAUCGUCGACGUGGUCCUCCGACCAUGAACGCUGGGCUGACGCCUACAUCACGAUGGAGGGAUCGUACACCGGCGCAUCGGAGUCCGACGAUGACGAUGAAGAGCAGUCUUCUACCUAUCUAGUCGGCUUUCGCUAA